AUGCCCGCAGCCGUAGCGAGCGAGGCUGGUUUGGGCUCCAAGGAGGACGAUGCGCGACUGAACGAGCGCAUCUCCAAGGCGCGCUCGGAGCUGUCAGAGCUGCACAAGAUUAUGGCCAAAGACGACCGCGACCGUCAGUUCCGCGAGAGCAACGGCCCCGCUUCACGCACUCGAAGUCGUACAACCGGUAGCGGCUCCAACUCACAGCAGGACGCCAAAAGACCGGCACCACUGGAUGUGAGCUACCAAACGUCACAGACACUACGUAGCGCGUCAGCUGAGCGGCUUAUGCAGCUCUCACACACAGAAGAUGCCGUGCGCUCAGACCGCAUGAAGAUGGCGGAGCUCUCGGAUGAGCAACAUAAAUGGACGACCGCAGAGAAGGAGGCAGCAGCUCCACGCUCGGGUAGAGAGAGAAUGAGUCCCGUGAACAGAGUACGAGCCAACCUGACGCCACGUCGCACCACAGCCAAGGACUUGAGAGAAUAUUCCACAGACUACGUGCAACAAGCGCUGAAUUUUGACAAUGUUACGGACGACGACGAAGACGACUCUGUGUCACCCACACGACCAAAAUCUAGCAGUAUGAGGCAGCUUAAUGAAGACAUGGGGCGAGAGCUUGUUCAGGAACAUGCAGAAGAGUACGGUGGGGUGAGGACGCAGCAGGAUCUACGCACCUAUGUGCGGCAAAUGGAGGAAACCAUCGCUCAACUUGUGCAACAGAAGGACGAAUUAAUGAGGAACCAAGAAGAGUUUGACAAGCAAGCGAGCGGCAUCUUCCCGUCGCUGGAAAACUUAAAUCACCAAUUGUCACAGAUCGUGCAGGGAAAGCUACUGCAGUCGGGGCAGUCGCACAAUAACGAGGAUGUUAUAAACCUGCACGAAGACAUGCUGGAUGAACUACGGGUUCAACGAGAGCAGUUGAGUGAGCUUGAGGCUGACAGCAAACGCCGCAAAUAUGACGCAGAGCUGCAGGAACAGGACCGAGCCAUUGAGAUCUCGCAGAUUAAAGCGGACAUUAUCAGCGUUGUGGCAAGCAACAAAAUGCGCGACGAGCGCACGGAAUUCAUGGCUGAUUCAUUCAAGAAACUCCAACAGGAACUACAAGAAGCGGUCAAGAAUAUGGUACAGCGCUAUCAGUUGCUGGACAAGAGGAUCAACCAACUCCAGACUCCCAUGGCACAGCCUCGCCUUGUGUUUCUUGUGUGA